AUGGAGCGUGCACAAGGUGGGUGUGGCGAUGGAUGCAUGAAUCGCGCGAUGCGCUACGAAUGCACGCAAGAGACUUGUCCAUGUGGAGCAGAGUGUUCAAACCGACGGCUACAGAUGGGCUCGACGGUGGCUACAGCGGUGAUUGAUUGUGGUCGCAAAGGCGUAGGCGUCAUUGUACUUGAAGAUGUGGACAUUGGACGUUUCAUCGGCGAGUAUGUGGGUGAAGUGCUAAUUCACCCACAUACUCGCCGAUGA